AUGCAAGCUCGACGAUCUUCCUCGCCCUCACUGUCUCCGCCGUCAUCGCCUCCAUCUGCUGCCCAGCAUUUCGGCGACGCGAACAGUCCCCGCGAGGCAAUCUCCCCGACCCAGACGCUGUGGACUGCCCCGUCCCCGACUCGAACCCUUGGUUAUUCAAGCCCAGAGCUACCGCCGCUGCCGUCCUUUGCUGCGCUUGGAAACAACCCUCGCACCCCGUCCACGGCUGCUAGGAACGAAAGGACCGAUACCUCCUAUUACACUGCUAGCUGGGGCAGCCCUUACCGUCACCCGCCCCCAGUCUUCAAUUCCCAGCGCCAGGUUUCGACCAACUUUGGGAGCGACGACUUUGAAGGCGAGUCAUCGAUUCUGCAAUUCGGGCUUGGACAUCUUCUUCCGUCUCGACUUGAGAUUGAAGAGGAAUCGCCGAACAGGUUUAACCUUGAGCAUCUCAUUCCUCGCUUAGACCAAAACGCAUCGCCCGUUCAAUUUACUCUUGAGCACCUUAUUCGAUCGCGAGUGCCAAUUCCAACGACACCGACAAAGGACUCACAGAAUCCUGUAGUCACCCCGCGAGCGACCGAUUCGAAUCCGACUUCGGCAGAGUGGGUGCAGCGGUUUUUGGAACGCCGCUGGAAUCGAGAGGCCAACGACUGGCGAAGCGACAACAGCAGUGAGACAGACAAGGAGUCUUCGGAGGACCAGGAAGUCUCGCUUGCGCCUCCGCCCAAGAGAGGGCACAAGCUCCGGAACCAGAACAAGACGUUGAACCAGCAAGACUUCUGGCGACAUUUUAGCAAGGACCAGAAGGACGCAAUCGGCAAGAUGAUGGCCUCAAAGUAUGCUGUGCCUGAUGCGGGCUCGCAUUCUAGAAAAACAUCAGGCGCUGGACCUUCGGAAAAGCGCGCAAUGAAUGAACGCAAUACACAAGUGGGCAAAGUGCCGGCCAGCACUGUCGAGCCCUCGAAGCCAGCAGAACCAAUAUCAGUCAAGCUAGAUGAGAGCCUCAGCAACAAUCCUACAACAGCUUCGGUGGAUAAGCCACUGCCGGAUACCCCUGUCAAGCAAUUGGCACCAGCUGAACCCAUACGUGCGCCUGUACAACGUGUUCGAAAGAAGGUCAUGGUCAAAGGGAAAGGAUGUGUCAUCUCAAUACCACGCGAUAUUCCUCGAGGUAGUCCUGGGUUUCCACCCAAGCCUUUGAGUGAAGAUGCAGUAAACGCAAAGCUACAGCAGCUGCACCAACAGGGCUACGAUACACGCGGUUUCAGUACUGGAGGAUUGGAGCCCCACAACCGUGCCAUCUGGCCGGGUGAAGAGGAUGUACGUGCUGAGCGAGCCAAUGCGGCAUCGCAAUAUCGUGUUCGCAUUUCCAAAAGUUCGGAAUGGAAAGAAUACGUAGACUCACUACUAGAGGCAAAGCUCGCCGCACUGGGUGUCAGCCAAGGAGGCGAAGAAGACAUACCACUGCCCUUGUCAAGAUCAGCUUCGAGCCAGCAACACCCAGGUCAAAUAUUCUCACCACCGCUGCCCACCUCCUCUGCGGGAAGUCAUCGCAUGGCUAGACAAGGGAGCAUCGUGUCCGGGUCGUUCCCAUUUGGACCGUCACCUGGCCACAUGUCUCGGCAGUCAAUUGCCUCGCCUGGUGCUUUUGCGAACCCACGAGCACCCAUGCAUAUGCAUCGCCAUUCGACCUUCGGAUCACCUGCUAGUUUCGCGCACCACGCAAUUUCGCCCUCUGGCACAUGGUCACCUGGUAAUUACUUCGGAUCCCAAGACGGUCGUACUGCAUCGCCUGCGCUACCUUUCAGCCGGUCCGAUAUGGCAAGUAUGCUUUCGCCAGCUUCGCCAUUUGGCAUGCGUCACAACCAGCAGUUCCCUCCAACUCCUGCUCAACAGGAUGACUAUCUUGUACAGAUGCAGAUGCAGCAGCAGCAACUUCAGCAACAACAGCAACAACUUCUCCAACAGCAGCAGCAGCAACAGCUCAUGGGCAUGCGACCAAACUCGACCCUUGCAGAAGUGCCCGAGGAUGAGGAUGAGGAAGAUGAAGUACCAGCCAUGAAGCAUGCCACCAAAACUGCGUCAGAAAUCGCCGUCCCCACACCUCGUGGUCAUCGCCACAAUAUCAGCGAGAACCUCGAGCGUGAGGCUGCCGAUGCUGAAUAUCAUCUAGAGGAGGCCAUAGACAAGCAGUUCGCAGAGGGAGGCGACUUCAGUACAGAGCCCGAGCUCAAGCAUCAGUACAAGCCUUCUAACCCUGUGGUCAACAAGAAGUGGGAGGAUGCACGGCCGGUUCUUCACCAGCCGCAACCACAUAGCCGAGCACAUUCGCUUGCAAAGUCGCAGCAGCCAGUGGCUUUCUCGUUCCCAGCACAGCCAAAUCCGCGGGGCGAGAGUGAUGGUGCUAAGACAAAUGUCUCGGACAUCACGAAUCCAAGUCUAGAAGACGGAGAGGUUUUGCCUAGAGCGCCGGGUUCGGCGCAACACUCACAGGCUACCUCGCAGGUUAGCAAUUCCUGGAAAGAGAACAAGUCCGCGAUCAGCAAGCCUGCAUCUGCUGUUCACAGCAAACACACCUCACGAUCUUCCAUCUCAAGGCUCAACGUCGAGGCUAAGGAGUUCAAGUUCAAUCCUGCUGCAUCUUUCAGCCCUGGAUCCUUCUCAUCGGGCUUCACUUUCUCGCCAGCUGUAAACUCGCCAGCAGACGUGGUGGCACCGCGCAGCAGCAAGCCGAGCAUCGAUGGUAUUUCCAGUUUCAAUGUUACUGCUCCUGCAUUUAAGCCUGAUGCACCUGCUUUCCAGCCGGCAGCUCCCGCAGCCAAACCUGUUGCCGAAGUCCUCAAGUCUGCCGUAGAAGUUCCCGAGUUCAAGCCCAUUGGUCUGAGCGGCAACGCAUUCCCAUCAAGUGGUUUCAACUUCUCCAGUCCGCCAUCCUUCAAACCAGAUGCGCCAGUGUUUAAUCCUAGUGUAUCGGCGUUCAAUCCCAACAAACCCGCACCAGCGCCCACAAGUUUCUCCUCGAAGAUCUUUGGCGACGUUAACUUGUCAGCCAGCGAUAUCGUUAAGCCAGCAUCGCGCUCAAAGGCUGUGCCUAUUGUCCGUCCGGAUCUCACUCGACAGGAGGCCCCCGAACAGAAAGAAGAGGAAGAGCGGGAAGACGAGGAGGGCCGUCCGAUGCAAGCUGAUGGUCGCGAGAAACGUGCUCGACGCGGUCGUGCUGAUGGCGAUGACGUGCCCAAGUUUGCUCUGCAGCCUAUCUUGGCGUCGCAGCCGUUGGCCGAGGUUCCUCAGCUCCAUAUGGAUGAAAUCGAACCUGAGCUCAAGCCGGAGGAAUUGCGAGAAGGUAAGGAGAAUCUCUCGCCGGCCGGCAAGAUGGCCAGAUCAAAGUCAAGAAGCCCGGAACCGUUGCCUCUGGGAGAGCUCAUCGUCGUUGACUCGAAUAAAUCAUCUUUGGAGACUGAAAAGUCAUUGGACAUUCUGGACGAUGACCUGACGCCCGACGCGAGCGACGUACCUACGCCUACCAUCGAAGAACCGGAGCCGGUAAAUAAGAAGCAUGGGCACAAGAGCACGCUCUCAGCCACCGCGAAGGCAUUCGAGUUCAAGCCCCAAUUCGGCGCUGGUUACGAUUUCGGCUUCCACGUUACGAAGCCUUCCCAGACUCAGGAGCCUGCUAAGCGGCAAGUUACUCCUCCGCGUCACAUCAGUCGUAGCCCAGCUACCACGUUUCGACCAAGUGACGACGGAUCUUACAAGACCGCAUUGGAGGGAGGCAGGCAUACACGCUAUCCGGAUAGCGAGAGCGUCGACUUUGAUCCAUUGGGCCACGCAUCCUUUAACGACAUUGAUGCUGUCAUGAAGCACAUGAACCAAGAGGGCUCCGACUUUGGCGUUGAGCGCGACGAAGAUACUUGGGAUCAAUCAUCCCCCCAGAGGACACCACACGAGUUCGAGCGGUCCGACCUUCAACCCAACUUCAAGAUGCGCAGCGACGCGCCUAGCCCCAGUCCUCGACGAAUCUAUGCGCCACGAGACAUGCGAGGCUCCGCAACCUCGGCGCAGGAUCCUUUCGACGACGAACGCGCCGCGCUGGCGUAUGAAUCUCCUGUGCACCGUCUAAACAACGCCGACGACGUGCCCAUAAGUGAUUGGGACGAAGGUCUCCUAACCGAUGGAGAAAACAAGGUUCAGACGCGCAGUCGUUUCUUCGACCAGCACGUUGAUGAGAUCAUGGGCCGCCUUCUAGAGUCCCGUCUUGGCCCACUUGAGCAGAACCUACACGGUAUUCAGGAAGCACUGGCAAUGAUAUCAAAACGCCCAGGUCGUGGUCGUCGAAGCCUGUCAACUGCUGAGCGAGACAGCGAUGCCGAUGACGAGGAUGAGGAUAUUGGCGCCGAUGCCCAUUACCGUCAUCGUUCUCCUCGCAUAGACAGGAAGUUGGAGAAGAUGCGAGCUAUUGUGAGGGAUGCCCUUGAGUCUCACCAAUCACAGGUCGCGUCUAUGCCGUCUACUGCCGUCCAACCACUUGCCUCUGAGCAGAUCCGUGAAAUAUUUGCGGAUGUGCUAGCGGUCCAGCAGUCAGCUGCUCCGACUGCUCAUCAUGUGGAUGCUAACCAGAUCCGCGCUAUUGUUGAGGACGUUGUCGCAUCGAAUAAGCCAUCUAUGCCAGAAGCUGUCACUGAGCCAAUCAAAUUUGACGACAUACGCUCGGUGGUGAUGGAAGCUUUCGCGACUCACGCGCCUCAGCCCAUGCCAUCCCCAGCACCCGAGCAAAUCUGGCCGGACGAUCUCAAGUCUAUCUUUGCGGAGGUUCUGUCAUCCCACCAACCUCCUGCAUUACCAGUUGUGGAACCUGUACAACCUGACACAAUCCGUUCGAUCGUGGCCGAAGCCUUGGCGUCUAGCAAGCCAGCCACGCUUCAGGCUCCUGCAGAUAUUCCUCAGCCUCAGGUCGAUAUGUCCGAGAUCUAUCAAGUCAUCGGCAGUCUGAAAGCCUCCAUUGCGCAGACCACCAACCAUCAGCUCAAGGCCGAUGAUAUCCGUGAGCUAGUAGAGGACGCCCUGCAUCGCCAGAGCCUGGAGAUAGUGACUCAAAAAGAGAGCGAGGCUAUACAGGAGAAGGACGCACGUAUUGCUGAGCUUGAGGCGAUGCUGGCAGAGUCAAAGUCCCGUGCAGAGGAAGAUGCUCAGAUCCGGGGAGCGCUUGAAGUUCGCGAAGCUGACACGUCUCGCCUGCUCAAGAUUACUGAAGAGGAACUCGCUCUUCUGCAACAAGCCGCCGGUCAAGACGAGGAGAAGAUCAGCGUUCUCACAGAGGAGCGCGAUGCUGCUCGUCGUACUUUGGAGACCUACGAGUCUGGUGAUAACGAAGUUCGAGACAAGCUUUCUUCUCUUGACGCCGAGAACGAGCAGCUUAAACUCAAGAACAUCGCACUCGAAAGCUCCGAGGAGGACCUCCAGAAUCGACUCAAGACAGUCACUGCAGAGAACGAGGCACUUGCUACCACGCUCGAAGAGCACCGUCUAUCCGCCAGUAAGUGGCGUUCCGAUCUCCAGCAAGCGCAUGAAGAAAGUGAGCAGUUGCACAAAGCUAUAGGCGAGGCGCGCUUCCAGGCCGAGGAAGCCACGCGUGUUCGCGAAUCAAUGCGUACCAAGCUAGAGAAAUUGCAACAGGAUAUGGUCGCUGCCUCGCAGCAGGUCGCGGCCGAGCGUUCUCAGUGGCACAAGAGCGAGGAGUCCUCUGCGACAAAGUACGAGAUACUCAGCGCCCGGAUUGAGGCUGAAGGUCGAACUCGUGAACGUCUUGAGCGUGAACUUGAGCGACUGGAGACACAAGAGCGCGAGGGUAUGAAGCUUCGAAUCCACCUGGAGCAGACUCAGAAGCAUAACGCCAGGCUUGAAGAGACCGUCGAUCAACUCAGGCAGGAGUCCAUGGAGCACCAGAAAAACGCAGAGAGAUACGAGCGCGAUAUGCGUGAGGCACGGGAUGCUGCUCACGUGGAGAUACGCCGUACUCGCGUGCUCAUGGAGGCCGAUAUUGACGCAGCCAACAACCAGGUCAACAUUGUCCGGCAUGAUCUCGAGAGCGAGAACGCUCGCAUUCGCGCAGAGCUCGACCAGGUCCGUCUCGAUGCCGACACAGCAAAAGAAAAGCACGAGCUAGACCUAGAGGCCGCAUCUGAUGCUAAGAAGCAAGCUAUUCGGGACGCACUCGAGAACAAUAGACACAGCCUCCAGGAGCAGCAACGGACUUUCGAGCGCCAGCUAGAGAACUUGAAGCAAGAACACGCACGUGCAUUGAACUUUGCGCACGAGGACAGGGAGCGUGCCGAGGCCUUCCAUAACGACAGACUCGAUCUGGCCAACUCCAAGGCAGACCAUCUGAGGGACAGGAUUUCUCUACUAGAGGAGAAGCUUCAUGUGGCCAAGGAAGCUGCGAACGCCGCCGCUGCCGCUGCUGCAAAGUCGCCUACAUUCGCAUCAUCAGCACCUGGAGGAUCGGAGAAGAUUUCGCCGCAGGCUCUCCGCGAAUCUAUCGAUGUUCUCCAGCAACAGUUGCAAGAGCGUGAACAGCGAAUCGAGACACUGGAACAUGAGAUGGAAGACUUGGAUACUGAGGCUCCGGCCAAGCUCAAGGAGCGUGAAACUGAGAUCAACUGGCUUCGCGAGCUUCUCGGCGUUCGCAUUGAUGAUUUAAACGAUCUCAUCAACUCUCUCGCUCAGCCUACUUUCGACCGCGAGACUGUUCGCGAUGCGGCGAUUCGUAUUCGGACCAAUCUGCAGAUGGAGCAGUCUGAGAAAGAACGCCUCAUCUCUGGUGGUCAACAGUCUUUCCCCACACUGAGUACGCUCUCCAACUUUGCUUCACCAAAAGCUGUCCAGCUCGCGGCUGCAUUUGGCAACUGGCGCAAAGGUCGUGGAGAAACCGCAUCAGCCCUCGCUGGAACCUCAAAUACCAGCUCGCGCGCCCAGACUCCUUCUCGUACUACUCCACACUCAGCCCAAUCUUUCCUGUCAGGUCUCAUGACUCCUCCCACAUCGAAUCUCCGCCGUACACCGGACCUGCCAUCGUCAAGCUCGCGUCCGCAGAAUGUACGCACCAGCUCAGUCAGCUCGAAAGCUUCGACGGAGAUGGGGUUUCCUGGUCUCGGAAGCAAAACAAGCAAUGUACCGCAGACACCGCCGCUAAUGCGCAAGGCCAACUACGACCAAGACGCGGAGGUUGAGCAAUUCAGUGAGAGCGGAUUCUACGACGACGAGAGCACAGUUGAUAGCGAAAUGACGCCUAUCGCACUGAACUUCGGCCGUGAACUUCAACGAGAGAACUCACGUCAUUAA